AUGUCCAACAAGCUCGUCCCCCAGCAUGUCCUCAUAGUCGGAGCAGGUGUCUUCGGCCUGUCGACAGCGUUAUCGCUCCUCACCAACCCAGCGUACAAACAGACUCGGAUAACGAUCGUCGACGCCUCGCCGGCUCUUCCCAAUCCGCACGGCUCGUCGGUCGAUGCCAGCCGGAUCGUGCGGGCCGACUAUUCCUACAAGCACUACUCGAAACUGGCGCUCGAGGCGCAACAACUGUGGCGCGACACGACGCCGGACGGAUGGGGCGGAGAAGGCAGAUACCACGAGCCCGGAUACGCGCUGACGGCGGACGAGGCGGAGGGCGGACGAUACGUGAAAGAGUCGCUCGCCACGGUCCGAAGAUUGGCCGCGGAAGACAAAAACAAUCGCUGGGUGGAUGUGUCCAAGGUCAAGGAGCUGAAGAAUCCAGCCGAGAUCCGCGCCGCGACCGGCUACGACCAUGUCAGCGGGGACUAUGGCUACGUGAAUUUCAAUUCGGGCUGGGCCGACGCCGAGAAAAGCGUGGCGUACGCCCUGAGAAGGAUACGACAGGUCGGCGGUGACCGUGUGGUCGUCCGCAGCGGCGCGCAUGUCGCCAGACUGCUGGUGUCUGCCGAGCAAAAAUGCACGGGGGUCGAAUUGGUGGGCGGCGAGCAGAUCCACGCCGACCUGACCAUCGUGGCUGCUGGCGCUUGGAGCCCGACUCUGAUCGAUCUCCAAGGACGAUGUUUGGCCACCGGCCAGACGCUGGGAUAUGUGGCGAUCACCGACGAAGAGGUCAAAGCCAUGCAGGACAGGCCGACGUUCAUGAACCUGAGUAGCGGCAUGUUCAUCAUCCCUCCACGCACCAGGGAACUCAAGAUUGCACGACACGGCUUCGGAUACAGGAAUCCGGUCAAGAUCCCCAGGAAGAGCAUCGACCCGGAUUUCCUCAACAGCAAUCUCGAUCAGACGAAAAACGAGUAUGUCGAAGUGAGCGUCCCCAAGGUCGGCAUCCCCAUCCCGCUGGAGGGACAGAAGGCAUUGCGCGAAGCUCUUCGAAGCAUGGUUCCGCAGGUCGCAGACCGGCCAUAUUCUCGCACCAGAGUGUGUUGGUACUGUGACACUCCGACUGGCGACUUCCUCAUCACAUACCACCCGCGCUAUAAGAACCUGUUCAUCGCCACAGGAGGCAGUGGGCACGGCUUCAAGUUCUUCCCCGUCAUAGGCAACAAAAUCGUCGACGCCGUCCAGGGUACCCUGAAUCCCGAGCUGGCCCGGGAAUGGCGCUGGAGGACAGAUGCCGAGUUGGCGGCCGCGGGGUUCAGCAAGGACUUUAUAAGCUGCGAGGACGGCAGUCGAGCGGGACCCAGAGGCAUGAUCCUCGAGGAAGAGAUGGCGAAAGGGGAGGUGGCCUCGAGGGGCGCCUCACGUCUUUGA